CAAUUUCAUGACUUUCAUGGUAUUUAUAGUAUUUUCGGGAGUGUAAAACUCUGCAAAAACUCAACUAAUAUUUUAAUAUCUCAUGAAAUCGACACCGUAUCGCUUUCCUUUGGUUCUGUAAAUUGUAUUCCUCAUGGAACCAAGAGAGAAUUAAAAGCUUUUAGUGGAAAAAUGUCGGCGGUUGCCACGCGAGCGGUUGGCAAAAAGUGCUGGAAGCAACGUGAGUUUUUGUUGAAAACUUUAAAUUUUUUCUCGUUUUGUUGUCAGACCACUUUGCUGUUUAGCUAUUGUCGUAAAAAGAGUCUAACGUAGUUCGUUCUGCAAAUAACUGCGGGGUUUCAUUGUGUACUGUGAAACCAGGUCAUUGUGGUUUUAGCAAAUUAUUUAGCGCCCGUCUGGCCUUGUUUACAUAUUACAAAUUUAUCUUUUUGUAAAUUGCGCUUGGUAUGAAGCUAUGAGCGUUAGGCUACUCAUUUUACAGUAUUUGGAAAUAUGCUGUACUAUAAACCCUCUAGAAAUAAUCAGUUAAUAAUUGCAAAAUAGAAAAUGAUACUUCGUUCAGAGGUGUGAAUUACUUUGUAUAAUACACUUUUAUAUAAACUUGUAGGUUUUGUAUGUGAGUCGAUCUUGCUUGUUUUAAAUAUGUAUUUGUUUCUUGUUAAUAUUUAAAGUUUUCUGCAAAAGUUUGGGAUUGAAAUUUGCACUGUUUUUUUAAGAUACAGGAUGCUUUUGUUCUGGGUUAGAUUAUGAAAUUUUUUAUAGUGAUUAUAUCCCAUAUCAGUUUCAGAUUUGCAUAUAUAUUGCUCGAUCGAACCAGGAUGUGUUAAUAUAUUGUGGCAGGUGGUUUUGAAAUUGCUGCCAAGGAUUGAAAAAUUAAAUUAGUAUUUUGUUCAAGUAGAAAAUAAAUGUUGUCCUAUAUGAUGCCAAUUUAUUGAGUUCUGUCAACUGUCAAUAGGCAGUUUUAUUGUAAUAUUUGCAAACCUAAUGUUUUGACAUUUGAGUGUCCUGUACUCCAUCAUGUAUUUUGACAUGCUCUUGAAGUUGGAAUUUGAUCCCGUCCAAUUUGAGGCUCUAAUCCUUACUGUGCAAGACCCCCACCCCCCACCCCAGGGUGCAUUCCGUGCACAAAAGUUUGGAGAUCUCCGGCGUGGAGUUGUACUCCUCUUGGCGUAACAGCGUACAAAUUUACAAUCGCUAGGAUGUUGGCGUAACAGCACGGCGGUGCCGGCGUACAUUUCUUUAUUUAUUUAAAAAUAUAAGUCUACUACAAAACAUUAAAUACGAAUCAUGAGAAUGUUUCUAAUUCUUAAAGCUAAAAUGUAUUCAACUGAACACGAUGUUCGAGUAUCGUUAUCGAAAAAGAAUACUGUAAAAUUGUUUAUUUAGCUAGUAGACGCAUUUCUCGAUUUUUUAUUUCGUUUAAUUAUUCUGUUUUACGUCAUAGCAACAUUUUUUGCUUUUAAUGUUAUUGUCCUACAUUCAGUUUAUUGUCAGCUGCCGUGAGACUUCAAAUUUCUUGGCGUAAAAAAAAUUGUAUUUUAAAACCUUCAGCGUGGCGUUUACAUAGAAUGCACCCUGGCGGACCCACCACAAUGUAAAAUUGUCUGGAAUUAGACAGAGUAAAACAUAAUAGAGUCAGGUGCAUUUGGAUGCAUUGCAGAUUAGUAGGUUAGAUAUAUGGUAAAUGUACAUAUGACAAUGAACGUUUAAGCACAAACGAAUUGUAUGACAAUCACUUAGUUUUUAGUGAUCUCAUAAAGUGCAUGGAAUGCAGUCAGGGAUGCAAUGUCUUCUCCCAAGUUCAUUUAGGCAGACAACACUAAUAUAUGUCAGUCCAUUAAUUCAAAAGUUAUUUUAAUAAAUAUGCUGUUUUCGAAAGCACUAAAGAUUGUCUAUUCUGACCUAAUAUACAUCUGACCAUACAUAUUCAGAUGAAUUUGUGGCACAUGGUCAUAAUGUCAACUGUCUUGCACUGGGACCAGCGUCUGGUAGUGUUAUGGUCACAGGUGGUGAUGACAGGAAAGUUAAUAUGUGGAUGGUUGGGAAACCAAAUGUUAUUCUGGUAUGUUAUGUUUGUCAUGAAUUAAUUCUGAAUUUCAUGCUUUUCUCAGCUCCUCCCCCCAAGCCCCCACCCAACAACUCCCUAGCACCCCCGGCUAGCAGAUGGCGGAGCACAAAUUUAUGGAUGAAAAUAUUGAGUGAAAAACUAUACCCAAGAUGUAUCUAGUAUACAUGAAAUUCCAGCUAGUUUUCGGCAAAUAGGUGUUUCCCUGAGUCGUGUACCAAAUUGCACUGCCACAAGUUCGAUUCCUGCUAGAGGUCCUGUAGGUCAAGAAACUUAUUAUGAAUAUGUUUCCUUAUUAAAAUAAAAACUAGCUUGCUAUAAGUAUGUUUUCAUUCAUGUUUCUAGAGUCUUUCUGGUCAUACAAGUCCUGUCGAGAGUGUACAGUUUAAUCCUCUUGAAGAAUGUGUUGUGGCUGGUUCACAAUCUGGGACGAUGAAAAUCUGGGAUGUAGAAGCUGCCAAAAGUAAGUGCAAUACUGGAGACAGGAUUUAUUGGGGUGCACCCCUCCGUAGUUUUCACCCCUUCGCUUUGAAAAACAGCAGCACCAAUAAUGCUUUAAAAAAUUCUAAAGAUCUAUGGAUCUCAAAUGUUGACCCUUCAGAAUAUAGGGGUGCACCCUCCUCGCAUCCCUCAGAUGUUAGUUUCAAACCAGUAGUUACCAAAAUUCCUAAUAUUUGUGAAACAUUAGAAUGCAACGGCUCAUCUAUGAAUAUAAAUAUAAGGCCUGAAAACAUACAUGUGGUUCCGGUUUCCCGACCGACCCUUUUUUUCUGCCGACCCUAUUAUUUUUUCAACGCAAUUGACCGUGCGACCCUAUUUUCUCUGGGUGGUUGCUGGCUGCAUGUUCAUAUACAGCAUGCCAAAAUGGCGUCUGUUGUCAAACUAAUUAUUGAACCAAAUUGCCUAAAUUCGUCCGUAGGAAAUACGCAUCUCUAGUUAUAUUGAUGUUGGGACUCUACUGAAAAUCGUCCAGCAAAAAACUGCCAAAACCAUGAAAAAAAUAUUCAAAAAAAAUUUAUUUCCGACCUACCUACGCCACCCUUUCCCACGAUAUGAAACCGGAACCACAGGUAUUUUUUUAGGCCUAAGUACAGGGGUUUGGUGCAUGGGGUGCUAACAUUCCUCUGCAUUAUCUAGGACUUGCCAACCACGUACCAUUUGCGGUACUGUACCCUGCCCCCUCCUAGAAAGUCUGAUUCCUUCUAUUAGCUUACCUUGAGACUUAGCUUGCUUUGGAUUUACUGUAUGUGUGCAAUGGCAUUUGGAGCAUACCCCCUGAAAUUUUGUACCCUCCUACCUGAUUGUCAAUGAUUAUUUUGUUUUAGUCACUCGCACCUUGACUGGACACAAGUCUAGCAUAAAAUGCACAGAUUUUCAUCCGUAUGGUGAAUAUAUUACCUCUGGUUCAAUGGAUACAAAUGUGAAGGUCAGUCAUAUGCUAACCAAUGAAUUCAAUUCUCUUUCUGUUUACAAUUAUUUUCCGUUUAUGACAUUGUACAUAAGAAGUCAUUUGCUGACGUAAUUUCACUUUCAAGGUUUGGGACAUAAGAAGAAAAGGCUGUAUUAUGACGUUUAAGGUAUAAAACUAAGUCUAACGCUUUAAGUGUCAAUUUGUUAUAUCUACUACCGUGGCUAACACGUCCAAUGUUUGGUAUGAUUUUUAUAGGGCCAUACAGAUGUUGUAAACCACUUACGAUUUAGUCCAGAUGGAAGAUGGAUUGUCUCUGCGGGUGAAGACAGUCUCUGCAAGGUGUGGCAAUUAGUCAUUGCAUCUACAUCGUAGUUUUCUAUUUUGUUGGUUCAAUUUAGAACUUAAUUUACUCUAAGAUGAAAUUAUUCUAUGAUUGUUUAGCUCUGGGAUCUAACGGCUGGUAAACAGUUAUCAGAAGUAAAGCAUGCAGGUCCUGUGAACACAGUCGAGUUUCAUCCUAAAGAAUUUCUUAUGGCAACUGGUAGUGGAGACAGGUACAGUACAGUUGUACCUUUAUAUAAUACAUAUAACAUUACACCUAGUUAAUUAAUGGUUUCUUGCAUAUUGUAGGACAGUAAAAUUUUGGGAUUUGGAAAAAAUCUGUUUGGUUUCAUCAACAGAGCAAGAGUCAAACCCAAUCAGGUAAGAUAAAGUUGACAGAAAAUUUCAUAAAUUUAUCGAUGUUUAUAUUACCAUUAUUAUCAAGACCUUGAUCAAGACAAUAGAGAAAUUCAAAAUUUGACUUUCGCUACCGUUAUCUUCACCCAAUCAGAUGCAUUUAUUCUAUCUGAGUGAUUAUAACCAAUGAAAUGCAUAUUUAAGCCUGUGAGAGAUGUUGGUAGUGGAAGACAAAUCUGAACCUCUGUUACACACAACGAUUAAUCAGGCUGAAUUAAGGUUUUGCCAAAUGUUAAUGACGAAUGUAAUUGUUAUAGUUGACGACGUCGUCUAAUGACAUUGACAGGCUAGCGUAUUUUUCAAAUAUCAUUUAAUUAAAGCUGAAUCGGCCCAAUUAAUCGUUUUGUGUAAACGUACAUUAAAUGAUACAGUCUGUGAUAAUUUCAUUUGUGUUUUGCUCAUGAAUAAUUAAUGAGUAAAAAUUUAAUUGAAUUUUUUUCUUUGUCAAAGAGCUGUGGCAUUCCAUCCAGAAGGACAAUGUAUGUUUAGUGGUUCCAAUGAUUCACUAAAGGUUUGUCUAGAAACGAACUUCAUAAAUCUACAGUGUAGUGUACUCUAGAGAUUGAAUAAUCAGUUGAUGAAUUGCAAAACAGUACAGGGCCUAUGUUCACAAUUUUUGUCCGGAAUGCGUUCGAAAAGUAUUUUGCAACGCAUCCAAAACGUGUUUUGAGUGUAAAUGAUACUGUAAAAAGAAUGUGCACACACACAUUCUUUCAAUUGUAAUUAUUUCAAAUUUCAUUUUCUAGCUCUAUGGUUGGGAACCCAUGCGUUGUUUUGACAGCUUUUCGGUGGGAUGGGGCAAGGUUUCUGAUAUGGUUGUCGCUUCUGAGAAACUGGUAUGUUGCCUUAUUGUAUAAUUGUCAACCCUAUGGUACCUAUUGUUAGCGCCUGUACAUGUUGUCUUUCCUUCUGUAGGUUGCUGCGUCUUUCUUUCAAACGAAUGCAUCAAUCUGGGUGGCAGAAUUUCAGGUAUUACGCAUGCGCAUGCAUGCUGAGAAGAACGUUUCGUACUUAUUAAGCUCAGGUCCAGCAAGGAUGAGAGUUGCAACUCGCUCACAUUCGAACUUCGACUACCAACUCUUCAUCACUCUGACCCAACUAUUCCUCUCGUUUGGUCGUGGCAUUACUAUUUACACCCUGGGUGUACUGUAGUAAGUGCGCAACGUACAUUAGUUCAUCAAUUUUGAGGUGGUUCAAAAUUUGAUGACAGUUGAUGAGAGUUUGCUCUUUUGACUGGUAACAUCCAGUAAACUCUCAUCAACUCUGACGCAACAAGGACUAUUUACACCCUGGGUGUACUGCAGUAAGUGCGCAAUGUACAUUAGUUCAUCAAUUUUGAGGUGGUUCAAAAUUUGAUUGUUGUCGUUUGGUCGUGGCAUUACUAUUUACAUCUUGAGUGUACUGUAAGUUGUAGUAAGUGCGCAACGUACAUUAGUUCAUCAAUUUUGAGGUGGUUCAAAAUUUGAUGACAGUUGAUGAGAGUUUGCUCUUUUGACUGGUGGUAACAUCCAGUCAACUCUCAUCAACUCUGACGCAACUAGAUUGUUGUCGUUUGGCCGUGGCAUUACUAUUUACAUCCUGAGUGUACUGUUGUAGUAAGUGCGCAACAUACAUUAGUUCAUCAAUUUUGAGGUGGUUCAAAAUUUGAUGGUACUAUUUACACCCUGGGUGUACUGCAGUAAGUGCGCAAUGUACAUUAGUUCAUCAAUUUUGAGGUGGUUCAAAAUUUGAUGACAGUUGAUGAGAGUUUGCUCUUUUGACUGGUGGUAACAUCCAGUCAACUCUCAUCAACUCUGACGCAACUAUUGUUGUCGUUUGGCCGUGGCAUUACUAUUUACAUCCUGAGUGUACUGUUGUAGUAAGUGCGCAACAUACAUUAGUUCAUCAAUUUUGAGGUGGUUCAAAAUUUGAUGACAGUUGAUGAGAGUUUUUGCUCUUUUGACUGGUAACAUCCAGUAAACUCUCAUCAACUCUGACGCAACAAGUACUAUUUACAUCCUGGGUGUACUGCAGUAAGUGCGCAAUGUACAUUAGUUCAUCAAUUUUGAGGUGGUUCAAAAUUUGAUGAUUGUUGUCGUUUGGCCGUGGCAUUACUAUUUACAUCCUGAGUGUACUGUUGUAGUAAGUGCGCAAUAUACAUUAGUUCAUCAAUUUUGAGGUGGUUCAAAAUUUGAUGACAGUUGAUGAGAGUUUGCUCUUUUGACUGGUCGACAUCCGGUCAACUCUCAUCAACUCUGACGCAACUAUUGUUGUCGUUUGGCCGUGGCAUUACUAUAUUUACACCCUGGGUGUACUGCAGUAAGUGUGCAAUGUACAUUAGUUCAUCAAUUUUAGUACUAUUUACAUCCUGGGUGUACUGCAGUAAGUGCGCAAUGUACAUUAGUUCAUCAAUUUUGAGGUGGUUCAAAAUUUGAUGACAGUUGAUGAGAGUUUGCUCUUUUGACUGGUGGUAACAUCCGGUCAACUCUCAUCAACUCUGACGCAACUAUUGUUGUCGUUUGGCCGUGGCAUUACUAUAUUUACACCCUGGGUGUACUGCAGUAAGUGUGCAAUGUACAUUAGUUCAUCAAUUUUAAGCUGGUUCAAAAUUUGAUGAUAGUUUGCUCUUUUGACUGGUCACAUCCAGUGAACUCUCAUCAACUCUGACGCAACUAUUCCUCUCGUUUGGCCGGGGCCUGGGUGUACUGUAGUAAGUGUGCAAUGCACAUUCAGGGCGCGAAAUAACGGCCGGUCAACGGACAAUGUCCGGCCAGAAUGCGGAAUUGUCCGGUCAAAUUCUUACCUUGCCGGUCAUUUUGACCAGUUACUUUUGGUAAAAGAACAAACAACUAAUCUUCAUUUGAAUUAAUAAUCAAAACAAAGUUGUCAAGCAUUAUAAUUAAGAACCAUAACAUGUUGUCCAAUAUCUUGCGGGAAAACAACUUCAAUGUACGCCAGCUUUCCCACGCAGUACGUCACAAAGCCCAUGGCCAUGCUUUUGGCUUAAGAGUUAAUUAAGGCCAUGGUUUUAGCGCAGUGCAAGUUGUUUUAUGUGAAGGAGUUUUUAAUUACUGAUUACAGUAAGGCUUUUUGUAAUGCUAUACUGGGAGUACUGGGAAAAUAGUCACAUUUUAGGGGUAUACUUUAUAUACUAGGCUUUGCUUUAAGCUGAAUAAUACGACCGGCCAGAAAUACGGUAUGUCCAAGCUAAAAUUGAGUUGGCCGGUCACCUUGACCGGCGUCCCUCCAGCCGUUAUUUCGCGCCCUGCAAUGCACAUUUAAUUUAGUUCAUCAAUUUUGAGGUGGUUCAAAAUUUGAUGACAGUUGAUGAGAGUUUUUGCUCCUUUGACAGUUUGACUGGUCACAUCCACUGAACUCGCAUCAACUCUCACGCAACUAUUGUUGUCGUUUGGUCGUGGCAUUACUAUUUACACCCAAGGUGUACUGUAGUAAGUGUGCAAUGUACAUUAGUUCAUUUUUAAGACGAGGUUUAUUUUGCGUAGAAUGUUGAAGAAAUGGUGUCAAAUUUUGACGAAUUACAAGUCAACGAUAAUGAACCACAAGUCGCUCAGGUGGGUUUCUCGACCGUGGUGUCCAUUGUGGGUAGUACAUAUAUGUCUGUCUGUCGUGUCUGUGUGUGGUAUUUAAUUUGAAAAUUCUGUUUAGGUUGCAAGGCCGAAUAAUGAAGUGAAGCACAAUGAAGAAAAGAAAACUAGCCCUCAACGAAAAGUGUUUGAAUCAAAACGACCAGUUACCAGUUCAUCUAAAACAAGGUACUCACAAUAGAAAGGUUCAGAUAUCACUUCCUCUCGCUGGUUUAGUCUGCAUCUGAUUGGUUAAUUGAAUAUAUGAAACGCAUCUGAUUGUUUAAUCGGAUAUAUGAAACGCAUCUGAUUGGUUAAUCGGAUAUAUGAAACGCAUCUGAUUGGUUAAUAAUCACUUAAUGGUACCGGUAGUCAAAUCUAAGCCUCUCCAAUGGAUAAACUAUGCACUUUAGCCUGACUAUGUUUACCAUUUCAAUCAACUUAAUUUCGAACUAUCUUCCGGGUUCGUACAAAACUUGAAAAUCCUUGAAAGUUCUUGAAUUGGGAAACAAAAAUUCAAGGCCUUGAACGUCCCUGAGUUUAUAAAGAAGUGCUUGAAAGUCCUUAAAUUGUUCUUGCUUUAGAGUUCAGUGGAUAUUAUCUGAAAUUGUUUGACAUUAAGAAUUGGACAUUUUGCAAAUUGAUUUUGUUCAUGUCUUACAAAGGCCAAAGCUGUUUGAAAUUCAUUAAAGUUGGCGUUUGAACAGUUUAAAACGUCACUUUUGACUGAUUUCUAACGCCUUCAAGAAAAUAUUCUACGGACAGAAAAUUUUCCGAAAAUAUCAUUGUUAAAAGUUGAAAAUUUUGAACUUCAAAAUUUUUUUUCCGAUGGAAAAUUUGUGUCGGCCAAUCACAUUUUACAAAUUUUUCAUUCCGCGGAAAAUUUUCCUGAGUGGAAAUGGGCCUUCAGUCCUUGAAUUUCCUGAUAUAUGGCCUUGAAAGUCCUUGAAAAAUCCUUGAAUUUAACUCUUCCUGACCUGAACGAACCCAGUAUCUUAUGUUGCUAUGUAUAUCUACUUCUGCUUAGAAAACCCAAAGUAGAAGCUGAGAAAAAGCCAAGUACACCUGUAAAAAACUCGCAAAUUGACGACUAUGGCUCUGCAUUUACACCACGAUCUGCUUUGGGUAAGGUCUAGUGGUUCACGGUGAUGUUGCACCCAGGGAAUUUUGAGGUGAUGAUGCAUACCCCCUGCAUCCCCCAGAAAAUCCGUCUAUGGGCUUAAGCCACAGACAUAAACCGUUAGUUGUGAUUUGGUUACGUUGUUUGCGAUUAGCCUGCGGUCAUGGUUACUGUACGCUGCGGUUGAAUUGUAAGUGGUCAAAACGUUUUCUGAAACCCGUCAGUAUACUGUACGUUUGUUGUUGUUUUUUUCGUAGAACGUUCACCGCCACCCCGUGCAAGAUAUCCCUCUCAGACAGCUGAAGAACAGCCACAAGGUGAUAAGUGCGAGAACAAAUCCGGUAGUAUAUACUUUUGUGCCAGUGCACAUAUCAGUCCAAUCAUGUUAUCAUGUCACAUGAAAUCAGUCCAAUCAUGUUGCCCAGUCAUACUACACUUGCCCAUAUUCCGACUAAGUUAUGGUUUUGAAUAACUUGGGCUUGGACAGGUCAAAUGAUAUAAGCAAAUCGUUAAGUAUACGCAAAUUAGAAGAGUAUUGUGGUACGUAGCUAACAAAACAGAAGCUGGCGUACCACCGGUACUAUAAGUACGCGAAUUAUCGCAUAUUUUAUGUAAUAUUUCAAAUCCGACCAUGAGCACUGCACUAGAUUUCAAGUUUGCGCUGAUGGAUCAAUCCCACAUUAACCAAAAUUUUUUAUCUCAACAUGUCUAGACAAAAUUUUCAUCACAUCUUGAAAGAGCAUCACAGAAUUAGCAAUAUUCCAAUGUUUCGUUGCGAAAUGUUGUAAAAUGCGGAUAAUAUAGCCUUGCGAAGUUUGCAAUGUUCAGUCAUUUUGUAUUACGCGCGAGAAAUUUUCCGAAGUGAUGAACCUUUUCCCGUUUGUAUACAAAAUGACUGAAAAUUACAAACUUCGCAAGGCUAUAUUAUCCGCAUUUUAACCACCUGAUUUCGCAACGAAACUUGGGAAUAUUACUAAUUUUGUGAUGCUCUUUCAUGCUGUGAUGGAAUUUUGUCUAGACUUGUUGAGAUAAAGAUUUUGAUUAAUAUGGGAUUAGUCCAUUGAUCAAAAUGCGAGGACUUGAAAUCUAGUCCUGUUCUCAUAGUCGGAUUUGAAAUGACUGGAUCGAUGUCCAGGACUGGAUCAAUGUACUUCAUCAGGGAUGGGUCCAGCAUGAUCUGGUAGGGAGAGGUGCUCUGCCAGCUCUGGUGCAAAGUUGUGUCGGUCAUGUGUGCCGCCCGCCCACUGCUGCAAAAUCUUGCUUCACUGCUGCAAAAUCUUGCUUGACUACAGUAUUUGAAAUAUUGUAAUUGUUGUUCACAGUUCGCUUAUCAUCAUGUUAUUACUCAAAUUACUGUAUCUCAUUUUGUCUCUAAUAAUUUUUUGCUUUAUCAUGAAAAAUAGCACCCCCCUGCACCCCCUCUGGCCAGGGCUAGGGGGUGCACACCCCCCUGAGCAAAAUAGAGCAAUAUGGUUGGCUUAUUUACUCAUGAAUUAUUAAUGAGUUUGAGAUGUACUGACCACGAUUGUUCUCCAUAUAGAAAUCAAUCCUGAAUCUCGUGAGGAGCCUACAGUAAGCAAGCCAGAUAAAUUACCGGUGAAAAACGUGCCUGAAAAAAUCCAGAAAAACUUGCCUGAAAAAAUCCAGAAAAAUAUGCCUGAAAAAAUACAGAAAAAUAUGCCUGAAAAAGUUCAGAAAAAUAUGCCUGAAAAAGUUCAGAAAAACGUGCCUGAAAAAAUCCAGAAAAAUGUACCUGAAAAAGCUCCCAAGCAGAAUAUACAAAGUAAACAGCAACCAGCGUCAUCUGCACCGUCCAAUGUUGGCAAGAAAGCACAGGAGAAAAAGGUAAAACCCAGUCCUGGAAAAUGUUCGGCAGCGCCAGCAGCAAGGCUGGAUUUUGGUGGAAAUAGUGGGUGGAAACAAUUUAGGGAGGUGCAGCGGUGUAGCUCACGACCCCCAUGGAAAGUUAGGGCUUAGAAUGGGCCAAACUCAACGACGUGACGUAUGCAUGAAGUGUACAUAUUUAUCAGUGUAUUAAUGAAUUAUGACUGUACAACUCAUCCAAUUCUGCCCUUCAUUACAAUUAUACCAGAAAGUUUCUUUGAAAACAUUGCAUUAAAAUGGUACUUGACACAGAGAUGAAUGGCUAUCACAGACUGUUUCAAUUUUACAGAAAAAAACGUUCUUACGAAGUGUAGACCCUAAGCAACCAAAAAAUGUCAAAAUUUUGCUGCCAGAAAGAGAAAUAUAUUUUGUAGGCCUGGUAAAACUGUCAAUGUUAAACAGGAUUUCUUUCGGUAAAACAAGCAGAAUGUCAUUAUGUCAGUCUUAUCUUGCACAUGUUCUGUAUACAUAUAUUGUCUCAUUUCAGAUGUUAUCCCCAGAAGAGCCUGACCAUAUUCCCUCCGGUAAACCAAGUACGUUGGUUCCAUCCGAACGUAAAAAACCUGCUGGAUUAUAUAUGGAAGAUUUCUUACCUGUAAGUGGGUCGUUUUGUCUUGGAUCGUGAUUAAUGCCUGUACAGUAUGUGUCUUCACUUUGCGAUCGCGAUUCAUUUCCUGUAAUAUACAGUUCACUGAUUAUAAGUUCACGUCAGUCCCAUGAAUGCUUCCAGUUUCCCAUUUGCUGGACGCUUAGGGAGAAUAGUUUAGAACUGAUAGAGCUAUCCAACAUAAAUAAAGUUAGUUUAUUUUAUACUUUCUCCUGUAGUAACACUGGAUCGAUAAGAGAUGCCCCUUACUGGACCUCUAGGAAGAACAGUUUAGAACUGAUAGAGCUAUCCAGCAUAAAUAAAGUUAGUUUAUUUUAGGGCCUCUUGUAGUAACACUGGAUCAAUAAGAGAUGACCCUUACUGGACCUCUAGGAAGAAUAGUUUAGAACUGAUGGAGCUAUCCAACAUAAAUGAAGUUAAUUUAUUUUAGGGCCUCUUGUAGUAACACUGGAUCAAUAAACGAUGACCCUCGCUGGAGCUCUAGGAAGAAUAGUUUAGAACUGAUAGAGCUAUCCAACAUAAAUAAAGUUAGUUUAUUUUAGGUUUCCUCCUGUAGUAACACUGGAUCAAUAAGUGAUGACCCUUACUAGACCUCUAUGGAGAAUAGUUUAGAACUGAUAGAGCUAUCCAACAUAAAUAAAGUUAGUUUAUUUUAGGUUUCCUCCUGUAGUAACACUGGAUCAAUAAGAGAUUACCCUUACUAGACCUCUAGAAAGAAUAGUUUAGAACUGAUAGAGCUAUCAUCUAGUAUAAAUAAAGUUAGUAAUUAGUUCAACUAUUUCGAAGUGCUGUUGAUAUCAGCUAACAUCAUUACAGGAUAAUGAUGUGCCUCUCGCGAAGAAAGAGGUCAAUCCUGAUCGGGAUAUUCCGUCAGCACCGAAGAUUACCGGAACGGUAGCAGCUGACGUUAUUCCAAAAGGUGAGUUAUUAUCAAAAUCUUGAUUGAGGUGUAAUGAAGUCACGCGAGACCGAUAAUACCACAUUAUUAUCGCCACCACCAUACUAUGCAAUUACUUAUGGUGUUUGAAGUAAUUGAUUGUGUUCAUAUAUUUAGGGCACACGCCAUUUACUGCGGUCAUCACAAAUAGACAUCGAAAUCUCACUAUCGUCUGGAGACAAUGGAAGGACGGUGAUAUAAAGGGUGCUGCCCAGACAGCAAUCAAUAUGAAUGAUCAAUCAACUUUGGUGGACUUUUUAAGCGUACUUUCUCUUAAACAGUAAGUUAAUAUUACUAUGCCAAUAUAUAUAAUACUGCAAUCCCAGUCUCCACCACAGGUAUCGCCUUGAGAUUGACGGGCAGAAUUUGGUAACGGAACAGCAUUGUGACAACUUGGUAACAAGCUUGCAACAAACCUAUUGCAAACACAUCUUGUUGACAAGUUGGAGCAUGUGGCAUUGUCACAACUUGUUAACAAGCUUGCUACAAACCUGUUGCGAAAACUCUUGUUGACAAAUUGUUGGAACAGCAUUGUCACAACUUGUUAACAAGCUUGGUGCAAACCUAUUGCAAACACAUCUUGUUGACAAGUUGUUGGAACAGCAUUGUCACAACUUCUUAACAAGCUUGGUACAAACCUGUUGAGAAAAAUUUCGUUGGCAAGUUGCUGCAACAGCAUUGUCACAACUUGUUAACAAGCUUGCUACAAGCCUGUUGAGGAGACAUCUUGUUAACAAAUUGUUGGAACAGCAUUGUCACAACUUCUUAACAAGCUUGCUACAAACCUGUUGAGAAAAAAUUCGUUGACAAGUUGCUGCAACAGAAUUGUCACAACUUGUUAACAAGCUUGCUACAAGCCUGUUGAGGAGGCAUCUUGUUGACAAAUUGUUGGAACAGCAUUGUCACAACUUGUUAACAAGCUUGCUACAAGCCUGUUGCGAAAAGUCUUGUUGACAAAUUGUUGGAACAGCAUUGUCACAACUUGUUAACAAGCUUGCUACAAGCCUGUUGCGAAAAGUCUUGUUGACAAAUUGUUGGAACAGCAUUGUCACAACUUGUUAACAAGCUUCCUACAAGCCUGUUGAGAAACGUCUUGUUGACAAAUUGUUGGAACAGCAUUGUCACAACUUGUUAACAAGCUUGCUACAAGCCUGUUGCGAAAAGUCUUGUUGACAAAUUGUUGGAACAGCAUUGUCACAACUUGUUAACAAGCUUGCUACAAGCCUGUUGAGGAGACAUCUUGUUGACAUGAUGUUGGAACAGCAUUGUCAGAACUUGUUAACAAGCUUGCUACAAGCCUGUUGAGGAGACAUCUUGUUGACAAAUUGUUUGAACAGCAUUGUCACAACUUGUUAACAACUUGGUUUCGGGUCUAAACUAAGCCAAGCAACCCUGGGCUGGUUGUUCGACUGACUCGGUGUUUAACAAUUUAACAGUCCCCUCAAACAUUUCUUACAAAUAUUUCAAAACUUAGAGUUCACCUACGGCUAAUUCCUACUGUGAUCACAGAAACUUUGAUAGUGUAAACCAACCCGAGGUUAAGCCCGAGUUCCUGACAGCUUGUCUAUAAAUUUGGCUUGGUCGAUAGGAGUUGAUGAAGUGAUUAGCUGAAGUUUUGAAAUAAGGAGACGUAUACAGAAAUACACAAAACAGAAUCGCAGGUUAAAUAUUAACCGAGGGUGAGCGCUAAUCCGUCUUUGAACAACUGGCCCCAGAUGGGCUACGAGAUGCCCGUAGACGAGACUACUCCAAUCCCUGAGCGGGCGACUGUGUGGCAAGUCUAAACACGAACUAAAUAAACUGUUCAUUUUUUCAGAACCCUGUGGACUUUAGAUCUUUGUUCACUUGUUCUACCAAAUGUACGAGAGUUGCUUAUAAGCAGAUAUGAAAGGUAUCUUGUGUUGUAUUUUUAAAAAUAGGUUUUAAACAUAGUUUUAAAAAAAGAUAAAUGUUCUAUAUUAUAGAGCCAAUACUAUUCUGAAUCAUCGAAGUACGUACUAUAACACAAAGCAUAUUUAACAUAUAUGCAGGGGAAGAAGCCAUUUGGUUCCGCAGGCCCUACUACACACGUAAAAACGCACAAGUUGUAACAAACCUGUAGCAAGGCUGUUCCAACAACUUGUCAACAGGAUGUGUUCGCACUGCUUUUUCCCAGUCUGUUGACAAGUUGUCAACAGCUUGUUGACAACUUGCUACAAGGUUAUUGAACUCAACAUCCUGCAACUCAACAAUUUAUCAACAAGUUGUGAGUGACAACCUUGUAGCAACUUGAUAAAAUAACAGCAUUGUUACAACUUGUUGACAGGCUUGCUACAAGCCUGUUGCGAACACGUCUUGUUGACAAGUUGUGAGAUUUUUACGUGUGUAAUUAGUGCGUCAGACUGGCCCCUAACCUUACCCUGAGUGACCUAAAUCUUACUCUGGGGAGCACACACUAGGCCCUAAUCUUGGUUUUGCCCCUUCCCCCCCCCCCCCCCCACUGUAAAACGUUUAAAAAAUGCACUGCCAUAUAAUCUAGUAUAAUUUACCAACAUCCACUAUCAACAAUGAUAUUUUAUCACCAUUUAGCAUCACUCACUAUCUAUCGACUAUCACAAUCAUUUAUUGUACAAUCCUGUUAAAAUGUUUAUAUGUUGUUUAGUUAUAUUCAAACUGGAGCAUCUGUCGUCAAACUUGUGCUCAGAAAUUUCGCUCCUGUCAUAAAAAGCAAUAUGGCUGCUCCUCCUGUAGCGGUUGGCGUUGACGUUGUCCGAGAGGAACGGUGAGUAUUUGGGGACUAGAACUAGUAGUUAAAUGUGUUUUUUUUUUGUCUACAGGAUGUGUUCGCACGGCCUGUUCCCAGCUUGUUGACAAGUUGUGACAAUGCUGUUCCAACAACUUGUCAACAGGAUGUGUUCGCACUGCUUGUUCCCAGCUUGUCGACAACUUGCUACAAGAUUGUUGAGCUUAACAGACUUGCUACAAGUUGUUCCAACAACUUGUUAUCGUCCUGCAGUUCAACAAUUUCUCGACAAGUUGUGAGUGACAACCUUAUGGCAACUCGAUAGAAUAACAGCAUUGUUACAACUUGUUGACCAGCUUGCUGCAAGCCUGUUGCGAACACAUCUUGUUGACAAGUUGUGAGAUUUUUACGUGUGUACACACGCAAAAAUGUCAAUAUUGUAACAAGUUUGUCGACAAGUUGUCUUCGCACUGCUUGUCACAAGUUGUCAACAAGUUUGGAACAAGCUGUUAACAAUUUGUAACAACCUUGUUGAUAUUAUCAGGCUUGUUACAAAGUUGUUCCAACAAGUCCGAUACAGUCAUGAUAUAACAAUAUUGUUACAACCUUGCGUCGUCAACCUUGUAACAUUCUUGUUAUAUCAUGACCGUAUCAGACUUGUUAGUGUUACCUUGUGACAAGUCUGAUAAUGCCAUCAAGCUUGUUACAAGUCGUUAACAGCUUGUCCCGAACUUGUUCCAACAACUGGGAACAAGCAGUGCGAACACAACUUGUUGACAGCUUGUGAACAGAUUUGUAACAACUUGUUUACAGAUUUGUAACAACUUGUGAGAUGUUUACGUGUGUAGCUCAUGAAAACUGUCAAUUCAUUAGGUUUCAAAAAUGCCAGACAUGUCAUGCGCACCUGAUGUCAUUACGUGGAGUAGUCCAAACCAAGUUGAACGUUCCGGGCAGAAGUGGGAGCCUGUAUCGUGAACUGUCACUUCUCUUCUCCUCACUGGAGUAAAAUAACAUCGCGGCGAAGUAAAGGUACCCGGUAUUAUUUUGCGUGAAAACAUUUGUGUGCUCAUUUUCUGGUGCCCGAAAUACCCUCUUUCAAAAACACUGGAUAGUUUAUCCAUUCGAUCUCAAAAUUCUUCACAAUUCUACGUUUGUCGAGACACCUUCCUGUUACAGUUCGGGAAAAAGAGAAUAGGUGAUCUAGUCCACCACAGAAUUUUAUCAGUGAGUUCUGCUACGUUUCUACGCCGAUAAUGUUCGAUGGGUUGUGGCAAUAUCAGACUGAGAAUCAUAUACAUUUUGGAUACUUUAAUUUGGCGUCGUGUUUUUAGUGGCCUGUUUUCAUUCCACUACAUUCAGUAUAAUGCUGCUACGCUGUUUGAAGUAGCCGACAAUUUCAAGCCUUAAAUCACAUACGUUAUUUAUUACUUGACGUCAUAGGCGUCGAAAGAUCGAUAAGUGGGGGGGGACCAUAUUCAUAUAUUCGUGUUCACAGACAUUAAAAACAAUCGAUUUCAAAAGAAAUUAAUAAUGCAGAACACGAAUAUAUGAAUAUAGUCCCCCCCCCCACUUAUCGAUCUUUCGACGCCUAUGCUUGACAUUUCAAGUCAAUCACAUCUUCAUACUAAACACUGCGUGACAUGAUAAAAGAAAUUCCUGGAAUUUAGUGGAAAAGAAUAUUUUCACCUUUCAAAGCAGUGUUUCCGAUGCAGUCGUUUAUCGAACACUGGAGAAACCUGCUUUAUUUUAGGACAUACUACAUUCUACAAACCUGACAAGAAAUUGCAAAUUGAGAUUAUUGCAAUGAAAUUAAUAUUUUCCGCUGAUUAUGCAGGCUCUUCGCCACCUUAAGAGAGUAGGAAUGUUCCGUAUACCGAAAAUAUCGAUAUUGAAACCAAUAUCGAUUUAUUUUAUUUUCCUAUCUAAUUUGAAAGGCGAAAAACCGGUGUACCGAUAAUAUCGGUGUAAUAUUUCCGGUAUACCGAUACCGGAAAAGUCUCGUACCGAACAUUCCUAUUAAAGAAAGGCAUAGAUCUAUGUGGUAUUAUAGCCUGCGAACAGGCUUUCCUAUAUAAUAUGAUAUGGAGGAAUCGUUUACUGGUGAAAGCUGUUUUAAUUUGCUACAUUACCAUGCAUUCUACAAAUGUGCCAAGAAAUCAGAAUUGUAUUUUUCUGGACUAUUCUGUACAAGGAAUGUUUAGGCAAUGCAGUGCUGCCGACAAAAGGUAUUAAAAAUACUGAAGUACACGUAGGGUGUCAAUUUGAACUCGUUCGCGUUGGAAUUUGUUGACCUGCGCGCUUAUACUUGGCUGGUGUUUAUGAAACCACGACGAACAGCUUAUCUUUGUGCAAUAAAUAUUGUGAUUGGCUACAUUAUUACAACGCUUGAAGCGUGAACAUGUACAUAGAAAAAAUUCAAAGUGGAAAUGUAGAAAUUUGUAUUUAUUAUAAGAAAUAAAUUAGAUUACAGUUUUUA